UUCUCUGGAUCCCAAUAGUCGUACUCGUCCGUCAUUUGCCUCUCCACACAUAUAAACACUUUUACUUUCAUUUAUCUCUUUCACUAUACAAAGCCAAUACCGACUGGACAAUUUUACGCUACAUCUACAUACAUCCGACGCAUAGCCGGUCGUGUCGGCCCGGCAAGUAAAUUACUAAUAAGGGUUCAGUGUAGUUUUUAAGUUGCAACCAAGGAUUACUCAUAUUGGCAAUUUUUUGGUGUGCAUAAUUGUCUAAGAGGACGCUAACAGAAGAAACGGGUGUUGAUUGAAUAAUCGUUGGACAGAAAUCAGAAAAAACUAGUCAUUGGUCUUUAAGAUAUAUUAUUGGAGAACGUAUGAAUUUAGUAGAAACUUUGAGUAAACUUCAUUGUCGAUUGUAUUUUUAUUAAAUCCGAUCAGCGUCGUCAUGAGGCCUCUUCGAAAGGCCGUGUUGGUGAUAGCAGCCACUGUUGUCGUAGCCACGUUAUUCCAAAUUUCCCCUACCACAGCAGUUGCCAUAAAUCCUAAGAAACUGGCAGAAUCAAACAGUAUUACAUUCGAUAAUACACGAAGUCAAUACGAAGAAUUAUCUUCGGGUGAAUCAUUAGAGACUAGUGUGUUACAUAGCCAAUCCGGACACAGACGGACCAAGAGGACGUUGAUGAAAAUAAAACCAAUAGUGCAGGUCGCCCUGUACCCGGCAAAAUUAGUGUUGCAAGCAGGUUCAAGUAUUGUUAGCGCUAAAGCCCACAAAGCGAAAGAGGCUGCAGUCGGAGUAGGGCUGAGAGUGGCUAAGGUCGCCGUGAAAACAGCAACGAGUUUGGGCAUUAAAGCACUCUUGUUGAACUUCCUGUUCCAUAAAAUCAAUCAAGUAAUUGACUUUAAGACAAGACUUCUUGGUAACCUGGAUCAAAACAAUAAGAAACAAAACGCUCAAUUCUUAGCAAACGGUCAAGCAGCUGCAAGUACUGGCAAGGGUACUGAUGGUGAUUCUGGGGUCAUUGACCAGCAAGUGCAAGCGCAAGGUGACGGUGAAGACGAACCAGUGAGUUUCAGCCCAAACAAAGUUAGCUUACAACUGCCGGAUAGAUUGUUUGGUCCCAGUUUUACUGCUGCCAAUGGAAUAUCACAGGCAAUUGGUACUGUUAUUCAGAACACUGCAGCUCGAUUGGCUCGGUUUAUCGAAGCGCUUAAACCCCUACUGUGGAAAUCAUCCAGAUUAGCUUCAAGUUCUUCUGGAUCAAACCCACCUGAUAAUGAUGAAGCCGCUUCAUCAGAUGCAGUUGUAAGAGAUUCUUCAGAUUUAGAUUUUGUAGAAAUGAAUUCUACGGUGCCAGUAGCGAAGAUAACUCCUAGGCCAAUUACAACAACAAAUAAACCGGUUGAGAGUUCAACUCGUGUACCUUAUGUUCAAGUUAAUGAUCAAAAGUCGACGUAAAAUUUAAGUAAAAAACUAAAAAUAAUGAGUGUAACUUGAGUUGCUUCGUGGAAAUAGAAAAUAUAUUUUAUAGCAACUAGCCAUUAUUUUUUACGAAAAUCACAAUAUAAUGCACUGAAGACGACUCAAAAAAAUAGUCAACAAUUUUUGUAUGAUAAAUUAGUACAUUAAAUGAUUCUGUAAAAUGAUACUUAUAACAAACUAAUGAGUAGAUUAUUUAUAUAAUGGUAAUUAAAUUGUAAAUUUAAUGGUUAACUUUAGUGAUAUUGUAUUAAAAUGUAGAUUUUUUUGUUUGAUUGUUUUUUUAAUACACGUUUUAAAAAGUCA